ACAUGUUCUAGUAGAAACACAAAAUACAAGUAUGAACCUGAAAAUGAGCACAAUAGUUGACCUUUAAGGCCUCCCUGCUGGCUCGGUUACCUCUUUCUGUUGAGGACACCAGAAGCGAACUUUAUGUGAAAGACCAGCCAUAAACAAAUAUCACCUCUCUCUGUCAGAGGCACUGAUAUUGAUGGCACUGGUUGGAGUUGGCACUGCUGGCGUGGGAGAUGGAGGGGGUGUUGGGUGGGGGGGCAUUGUCCCGUCGGGAGGCGAUCGAUGCUCACAUCCUGUGAACCCUGCAUGUAACACGGGAGAGCGCUCCCAACACACAGGCAGCCGCGGCACACACAUACACACAGAGAGACAAAGAGGGAUGUGGACUGGAGUUUGCGACCGUCACAAGUGGAUCAUCAAACACCUCCAUGGGGUAGCCAUCCAGACACAGUCAACUCCUGGGAUGCUUCUAUAAACACGAUGAAGUGCAUCAAGAGGCAAAGAGGGAACCCGUACCAGUGAUAUUUUGAUGACAUGUGGCAGUGAAGUGGUGACAAGCUGACCAUGGGUGACUGGAACCUGCUGGGCAGCAUCCUAGAAGAGGUCCACAUUCACUCCACCAUCGUGGGCAAGAUCUGGCUUACAAUCCUCUUCAUCUUCCGCAUGCUAAUCCUGGGUGCAGCCGCUGAGGACGUAUGGGACGACGAGCAGUCUGAGUUUGUCUGCAACACUGACCAGCCAGGCUGCAAGGCGGUCUGCUAUGACCGUGCCUUCCCCAUCUCCCUCAUUCGCUUCUGGGUCCUGCAGGUCAUCUUCGUCUCUGCGCCCUCGCUGGUCUACAUGGGGCACGCCCUCUACUGCAUGCGAACACUGGAGAAGGAGCGCCACCGCAGACGGGCCCAACUGAAGGAGGAGCUGGACGAGGUUGAGUUGGAUUUGGAUGAACAUAAGCGCGUGGAGAGGGAGCUGAGGAGGCUGGACGAGCAGAGGAGGGUGAAGAAGGCUCCUCUCAGAGGCUCUCUCUUGAGAACCUAUAUCAUCCAUAUCCUUACACGCUCUUUGGUGGAGGUCUGCUUCAUCCUGGGCCAGUAUAUACUCUAUGGUGUCCAACUGGAGCCACUCUAUAAGUGUGAGAGGCUACCUUGCCCCAACAGCGUAGACUGUUACAUCUCCAGGCCCACAGAGAAGACCAUCUUCAUGGUCUUCAUGAUCGCCAUUGCUGGGGUGUCACUUUUCCUCAACAUUCUGGAAAUAUCCCACCUGGGCAUCAGGAAAAUCAAACAGGCACUGUAUGGAGAGAGGUACACGGAGGAUGACAGUUUGAUUUACAGGUCCAAAAAGAAGGCGUCCUUACCACACCUUUGUGUAAUGAGUAAUGUAUCACCUCACAACGGGCCUUUGACUCAGACCUUCAAAGUGAUUCCAGAGGCGGAUAUGAAGCCUCUUUAUUACAACACCGGGCUCAAAGCCAACCAGGAUGCACCAAGAUACAGUCAGACCAGUUAUAUCUGUCCCCAACCUAGGAUGCCACCCAGGUCUGGCCAGAACUGUGCAAUGCAAGCCCCCCAAACCCACGAUGGUUCAGAGGUCCACACAGCUAUGGUGGACCACCAUCCAGUCUGGGCUUCUGCUGUGUCAACAUGCCAUCAUGAGGUUCCCCGUGAGGGAGAACACCCUCACCCCAUUCAUUUGGAAGCUCUGCUGUCCACUAGCACCUUAAGGCCCAGCGCUAUCAGAGACCUGGAUGAGGACGAUCGAAGGGAGUCAAUGGAGAGCAACCCCAGGAAGACCAGCUUCAUGAUCAGGCCACCAUCUGAGAGCUUGUCCUCCAUCAGUGGCUCCACGAGCCCUUCCUUACAUACCUCAGAGGAGUCAGAUGAACUAGGCUCGCUGCAGGGAGAUAUGCCCAUGAUGCCGCCUCCUGGAGGCCGAAGAAUGUCAAUGAGCAUGUUUCUGGAUAUCUCCUCUAUCAUGAAGAAGUGA